UCGGAGACACCGGAGGGAGCGGAUCGUUGAUGUGGCUUCGCGCGGGGAUUAUAUGCAAACCGGACAUAUUCUGCACAUGAGAGGGGCAAAUAGACGUAAAUAUAUUAAUAGAGGGGAGGGGCAACUCCAUGGGACCUUCUCCUAUUUGUUCUGCACAAGUUCCUGGGACAUGAGGACCUGUCAGCAAUGAAUGAGCCUUUACCCGUUGGCUUGUGUGGUACAUCGCUCGUUUUAUUUUAUAGCGAAGGGAUGUUUGGAAGGUGUAGUUGAGGGGAGAUUUUGGAUUUUUUUUUUGGUCAUCUACACCCCUCUUCUUGUAACCCUUUACUAAUAUGGCCAAACAUUCCCAAGGAGGGUCUGUGGAAGAUCUCGGCAAGAUCUCUGAUGAGGAGCUGCUGAGAUGGAGCAAGGAGGACAUUGUGAAGCGGUUGAGGAAAGUGGAGACGGAGAAGAUUAAUCUGAUGGUGGAACACGGGAAUCUGAUGAAAGAUGUGAACAGGAGGCUGCAGGUCCAUCUGCACGAGAUCAGGGGCUUGAAGGAGGUCAACCAAAAACUUCAGGAUGAUAACCAGGAGCUGAGGGAACUCUGCUGCUUCCUGGAUGAUGACAGGCAAAAGGGCAAGAAAUUGUCCAGGGAAUGGCAGAGGUUUGGUAGACACACUGCCAGUGUCUUGUGGAAGGAGGUUGCAGCUUAUCAGCAGAAGCUGAAGGAGCUGGAGAUGAAGCAGGAGUCCCUCCUGAGGGACAACCUGGAACUCAAGGAGAUAGUCCUUAUGAUGGACGAGGAGAGGAAUGGACCUGGGUCUAGGAGUUCCAUAGACAGCCAGGCCAGUUUGACCAAUUUGAAUGGGGGAUCUGGCACCAGGGAUGUAGGUGAUGGGAGUAGCACCUCCAGCACUGGGAGUGUAGGCAGUCCUGACCACAAUCAUCAUCAUCAUCAUCCUCCUCACCCCAAACCAUUGGAGAACAAAGCUGGAACUAUAAGAAGAUCAGCCGAUGACCUCUCCACCCCACCCCACCACAGAAGCAUCCCAAAUGGUCUGAAUGAUUCUUCUCCCGGCUACAUCAGGCAGUUGGAAACUAAAGUCAAACUUCUCGAAGACGACAGCAAACAUUUAACUCAGCACUCGAGCCACGGCGAGUUGAGGACGUUAAGAAAAGGCUUAUCUCCGUAUCACUCGGAAUCCCAGCUGUCGCCCGCACCCCACUACCAGGAGCCCGUGCAGAACGGCUCAGCACGCAUAGCCCCCGACAUUUCAUCCACAUCUCCUGCUGGAUAUGUCUCCAUGGCACAGAAACCAGAGGCUGUUGUGCAUGCAAUGAAGGUUCUUGAAGUCCAUGAAAAUCUGGACAGGCAGGCUCCUGAUAGCUACGAGGAGGACCUCAGUGAGAAGGAGAAGGCAAUCGUUCGAGAAAUGUGCAACGUCGUGUGGCGAAAGUUGGGCGACGCGGCAAAUUCUAAGCCAUCCAUCCGGCAGCACCUCUCUGGAAACCAGUUCAAAGGACCCUUGUAGUGAAGAAAUAAAGCGAAGACGUGAGCUGGGAGUCCGGCGUAGGGCGAACUGUGACCAUUGUAAAUACGGAGGCUCCGGCGAUUACCUUGUACAUAUGUUUAAUCAUCGCGUUACAGGAAUAUUUUCUAUUGUAGUUCACUUACUGUACAGGCUGUGUAGAUAAAAAUAGGAAUAAAACACUAACCCGAGGAUUCGUUAUAAAAUGUUUAUGGACUUUUACAUUUGUCUAAAAAGAAUAUUAACACUUAAAAAUCAGGACA